GUAAUUCCACCCUCAGAUUUGUAUAAGAGGUAGGUAGGUACCUAGCUCGUCGCCUAAUCCCGCCCCUUUCAUUGUAGUGAUAUCAACGAUUAUAUGUGAGUGGAUGAACGAUGCUCUCUAUAAUAGCAAUCUGAUCACCAACUUAUGGAUUGCGAUCGCUGUCAGAUUUGGACUCAACUGCAAGAUCCUUCCGUUAAAAUAAUUCUACAUCACAAUACAGCAGAGUUAAUAGACGGCAUUCGGCGUGAAUGCUGGUGGUGUAUCAGAAUAUUAAAGCACCUACAAUAUGAAUUCAAAUCACUACCAGAUUCACUUCAGGGACAUCCUUCUGAUAUCUCAUACGCAACUGUAUCCGAGUCUUCAUUCGAAUUUCGAAGUUUUGCACGUUUAGAUAUAUCAUCAGACCAUUACUGGAAAUCAUCUGCGCAUUUCGAGAUAAACGGCAAACACGAUGUCUUGUGCCAUCUGGAUUUCUCCACUAGGAGAAGGAAGCCGAAGGAAGCUUCCAACUAUAUACCUCAUGCAAUGGUAGACAAUACGAACUCUCAGCAAACAUGGGAUUACGUUACCGGCCGCUUGAAAAACUGCGAGGUCAAUCAUGUAUCUUGCCAGCAGCUCCUUAGUUAUAUGCCGUCCAGGCUGAUAGAAAUACGAGAAGAAAAUGGAAAGUUUCACUUUCGUCUAAUACUUACCUCUAACGACGGUCCUCGGGGUCGGUAUAUUACAUUAAGCCACAGAUGGGGGAAAGACGUGACUUUAAGGCUCACGACGCAAAAUUUAUAUGCAUUCAUGGUUGAGAUCCCUCAGCAGAAGAUGCCUCAGAAAUAUAUCGAUGCGGCGGUGAUUGCGUUGAGGUUAAAGAUACCAUAUUUGUGGAUAGACUCCUUAUGCAUUAUUCAAGAUUCAAGUGAUGAUUGGGACCAAGAAAGUGGUACGAUGGAUUUAGUCUACCGACACGCAUACUGCAACCUCGCUGCCACGUCCGCAAUCAACAGCUCCGAAGGUCUCUUUUACAGACGAUCAUCGAUACAACUAUGCCCACACAAGGUUCACUUAUCUAAACUUGGAGCAUCACUGAUCUAUAACGACAGUGAUACCACGCUGUUCGUUAAACUUGAUACAGAACCACUCAAUCUCAGGGGUUGGGUGUGUCAAGAACGCCUGUUAGCGACCCGGAAUAUCAGCUUCACCCAACGACUUGUGUACUUCGAAUGCGCCGAAGAGCUUAGCUGCGAAGCUAUGGACAGCACAGAAGCCCCCUGUGGGUUUCGGUUCGACCUAACUUGCCGAGAUUUAUGGUCGUUAGCUUCCCUGAGAAAUAUGUCUUUCGAGGAUGCCCAACUGUUCUGGCACGAGAUACUUAGCUUCUAUUCGACCGCUCAUGUUACAGUAGCGAGCGAUAGAUUAGUCGCGAUUUCUGGGAUUGCGAAAUUCUGCCAGCCAGCCUUUAGGUCGGAUUAUCUAGCUGGCUUAUGGACGAUAAACCUAGCUCGAGAUUUGUGUUGGUAUUCUAAGAGUGGUCUUGGACAUGUGCUAGAUUAUCGUGCCCCUUCAUGGUCAUGGGCGUCAAUCAACGGAAGGGUUGCCUUCCGACACAUUGGCGAAUACAGGGAACUCGUCGACUUUACCGAUACAUAUCUUGCACCAACCAUUAGAACUAACCCGUACGGAGCGAUUCAUAAUUCAUGGAUUCGACUUAUCGGAUGGGUCUUUCCUAUAUUUCAUAAGGGCUGUGACGCGUGUGUACACCAGCAACGACGAAUAUCCGAGACAAGCUCUUUCAGGAGUAGGGUUGAGAACUUCAUUGAAGAUAUGAUGGAAGGGUGGGCUUCUCUGGCUGAAAUCGAUGACAAUUCACUUAAAGUAAGUGAAUUAAAUGCUUUGAGUCCUUUGGAGCCGAUGGAUUGCUUCCUUCUUCCAAUUGUCUGCGAAGAUGACGAUGGCUGUUACACGCAAUUGCGUCUGUACUGUCUAAUACUAGCGGCUGUAACGCCCAGCCGGGGAAUUUACCAGAGAAUCGGCCUACUAGACUUUGCCUUUGACCUAAUGAAUGACAGGAUAUGGGCAACAUCUGAGGACUCCCCCGACGAAGACCCACAGAGUUCAGAACAAAUGGUGGAAUACGUGCUACUACUUAUGAAACAGAAAUUCCAGCACUGUAAAGUCCCUUCACAUGAAGGCAACACGCUCGAAAGGCACGAAAUCACACUCGUUUAGGAUACGAGAGGUGACGUGAUUGCCCGAGGUUGUGGUUGACUUGGGUUUUAUAGGAAACUGAAUAGUAUCUCGCCCUACAUUUAUGCCUAAAAAUUUGCGAUAUCAUUGAAAUAGGUACAUAUCACGCAAUGAUGAAGACGCUCAAACA